AAGCUUUUCGGAUAUGUGUAAAUGCUAACCGGUAAAGUUAGCCGAUUCUACUCCCCUUGCCGCUACAUGCGCAUCGCCAAACAAAAACAACAGCAGCAGACGCCGCAUCAGCAGCAGCAGCAGCAGAAACAAUAACAAUACCGCAAGACGCAGCAAGCACGUUGUCCUGCCCCUGCCGCCAAACUGGAGCAGAGCCAUGGACACCAUUUGUAGGCUGUGUUUUCAGACAGCAACGUUAUUCCAAGUGCCCGGCUAUAGCAUACCCACGUGCGUACGCUGCUCAGAACAGUUGACAAACAAUUCGAACUUCCAUCAAGCGGUGCGCGUUCAAGACGGUGCUGCAGCUUCUGUAGCGGCCGCUGCGGUAGCCGCUGCCGCUGCCGCAUCAACAGUGGCCAGUGAUAGCGACGCGGUGGCGGCACAGCUGACAAACGGCAGCGCUGUAGCUGCUGUGCUGCAGUUGCAGCAACAACAGCAGCAACAACAGCAGCAGCAGCAGCAGCAACAACAGCAACAACAACAACAAUUGCAAUCAUCAAGUUCUUCCGAGAAUCUACAAUCGCAGGACGAUUCUGAAGAUGUGGAUCUGAUAUUCAACGAGGAGGGCUCUUGCCCGCUGUGCAACAAAACCUUCUCGCGUAAAUCCUCGCUCAUGACGCACAUACGCAAUCAUUCGGCUGAGCGCAAGUUUGUGUGCAACUACUGCCACAAAGGCUUCACGCAAGCCGCCAAUUUGCGCAAUCACGAACGCAUACACACAAAUGAUCGGCCGUAUCAAUGCGUGGACUGCGGCAAGACCUUCACUCAAAUCACAAACCUUAAUAAUCAUCGACGCCUCCACACCGGUGAACGACCUUUUGUAUGCAAUGAGCCCGAAUGUGGACGCAGCUUUGCUCAGGUGACCAAUCUGAACAAUCACAUGAAGUCGCAUCACAAAGUGCAACAGUAUUGCUGCAAUGUGUGCAGCAAGAAAUUCACGCAGGUCACCUCAUUAAAUCAACAUCUGCAGGCGCAUGCCGGCGUCACUGGCUACUAUUGUCCGCGGUGUCCAGAGAAGAACUUCAAGCUGCAAUCGCAGCUGCAUACGCACAUGAAGACGCACGGUCUGGCCUUUCCGUAUGAGUGCAGUAAAUGCGAUGAAAAAUUUCUGCAGCAAUCGCAUCUGGAUCAACAUCUCAAGAUGCAUGACGAGUUCAAAUUUAAAUGCGAUAUAUGCCCCAGCAGCUUUAAUCAGGAAUCGUUGCUCAAGAAGCAUGUGCAACGCCAUGUGGAGGGUCGCUAUCUAAACUGCCCGGUGGCAAAUUGUGCCGAAUCCUUCGCGGUGCGACAGCAUCUAUCAAAACAUUUGCUCACCAAUCACUCGCAUCACGAGCUGCCGCCCCCGAAACGCUCCAAGAAGACGAUCACUUUGCAGUCGCCCCAACAGCCGCUGGCGAUGAUCGGGCAACCUCUAUCACUGCAGCAUACGACGGGACAGCGUGGCAGACCGCCCAAAAACAAGAAUAAGACCUCACUGGCAGCCACGGCUAUUAAAAUAGAGAUCAAUGAGCCGUUGCAUAGCCAACACAUCAUCAGCAGUGCUAGCGGCCUUUCCAUACACCAGCAAAUCAAUCAACAUAUGCAACAACAACAACAGCAGCAACAGCAACAGCAGCAACAGCAACAACAACAGCAGCAGCAGCACCUUCAUCUGCCCAUGGGUCAGGCAGUCAAGGCGCGCUUCAUACCCACUAAAUAGAAAUUAGUUAGACGCGGCGUGCGUGAGAGAGAUAAAGAGAGAAGAAAGAAAACGAAAGAGUGAGUCAGUGAGAGAGAGAAAGAAAAAAAUACCGAUAUGGUUGGCUACUCAGUGGCGUUUUCGAUCGUUCUGGCGUGGCUUCACGCCCUCCCCCUGCCCCUUAACCCCAAGUCAACACUAGCAAUAGUUAAAAAAACAAGUUUUGAACAAAAUGCAUCACAUAUCCUUCAGCACAUACAUAGACAUACAAAUAUACACGCAAGCAUGCAAUACAUAAACAAUAUGCAAAUUACGUUAGCCGAUAA